GAGGAGGGCAAGAGAUCAGCAGCCACCACCACCACCAGCAGCAGCAGCAGCGAAUGACGGGCCGAGGGAGGCAUCAGCAGAGAGGAGGGGGAGGGAGGUAUUUUAAGUGAGGGUGGCUGGGUGUUGAUGGGAGGGUUCCGUCCGUCCAUCCACAUUGCUGUGUAUAUAUGUAUUUGUGCAGGGGAGGGUGGCUGGGUUGGUUGGUUGUAUUUAGCUUACUCAUCACACCACUCGUGUGUGUGGCUGACAGAUUGACAUCAAUCACAAGCUACGGGCACGUGUGAAGCGAGGCGAGGCGGGCGAGCAGGGGUGUGUGUGCCGUGUCCUUUGUUUCGUCCCUUUUCUCGGUCUCUCAUGUGUGUGCGUACGUAUGUCUGUGUGGCUGUUUGACCUGUUCAGUUGGAUCACUCAAUGAAAAGAUACACUCAGAUAAAAAGACAGACAGACAGACAGACAGAAAGGGGCGUUUGUAUGUUGUUGGGGGACAUUCUUCAUUCAACGGACGACAUCAGACAGUGUUGUCCUGGCCUCUGUCGUCCUUCACAGACAUAAAAAAGCAACGGAACAGUACGCCGCACACAGACAGAUCAAUAAACGAUGCAGUCGAUAAGAAGAAGAAUCACGUCGGUCGGUCGAUAUCAACACGUACGUCAUGGAGACGACCGCCUCGCCUGCCCUAGCUCUAGCUGAGAAGAGGCUGAGUUCCCUCAGGGGCUGCUCGGAGUUGCCUCCUCUCCGUGACGGAGCGCCACAACUUCACCACGAAACAGGCCCUCUCUCUCCGCCACGCCGCCUCCCGCUCAGGACUCCACAGCGGACCUGCAGCACACACACACACACACACACACACACACGUAGAGAGGGAUAGUCAGUCAGUCAGUCAGACAAUUCAUCUAAGUGUCAGUGUGUUGGUUUUUCCUCGACUCUCUCACCCAGCCAGAUGGCGUAUGCUUCGCGGUCGUGCAUGUGGCAUACGGCGCGGUGGGAGCCCGUUGCAUCAAUGAAGCGCACCUGUCCGUCCGAAACAACACCCCAUGGAAUGAAUGAGUCCCCAGUGACUGACUGUCCGAUCCCCCCGUUGGCUGACCAGCCUGUUGGCCUCCAGUCCGCGAGAUUUGAACUUUUCCCAUAUCAGCUUCACUUGGCUGGACUCCCCUUCGGUUGAGAUAAAGCGGCACAGCCGGCACACCUCUGGGUGGUUUUUGUAUUACACCAGGACGUGCUUGUAGCCCUCGCACUCGUCAGGGAAGGGGCCUUGCCACCGAGGAGGACCGGGAGGCCGCUCGGAAACGUCAAAUACCUUGAGAGGAAAGAUGUCACAACGCCACAUUGAGG